AUGGCUACCGUCGACUUUCUACAAAAAGCCUUGGAUCUCACUAGAGAAGCCAUAGAAAACGACACCAACGGCAAAUACAAGGAAGCUUACGACUUAUAUACUAAAGGCCUGGAUUAUUACAUGCUUGCAAUUAAGUAUGAGAAAAAUGAUAAAAAGAAGGAAUUAAUAAAGACAAAAUGUUACGAAUAUUUGGAUCGAGCAGAACAAUUAAAAGAUCAUCUUAAUAAACUUGAGAAAAAAACGGAAACAUCUGAGGCCAGUUCAAACGGGUCGACCAAAGCAAAGAAAAACAAUGGGGACGAUAAUGAGGACUCUGAAACGAAAAAACUGAGAGGUGCUUUAUCCAGUGCCAUUCUUUCCAAGAAACCUAAUGUUCACUGGUCCGAUGUUGCUGGUCUUGAGGGCGCUAAAGAUGCACUCAAAGAAGCUGUCAUUAUGCCUGUUAAAUUCCCCCAGCUUUUCAAGGGCAAUCGUCGGCCUGCUGCCGGUAUUCUUCUCUACGGUCCUCCUGGUACCGGUAAGUCCUUUUUGGCUAAGGCCGUGGCUACCGAGGCCAAUUCUACGUUUUUUUCUGUUUCUUCUUCGGACCUGGUGUCCAAGUGGAUGGGUGAGUCUGAGCGCUUAAUCAAGCAGCUCUUUACUUUGGCACGUGAGCAGCGACCAUCCAUUAUCUUCAUUGAUGAAGUUGAUGCGCUGUGCGGUCCUCGUGGAGAGGGAGAAUCUGAGGCAUCACGCCGUCUGAAGAAUGAGCUCCUUGUGCAAAUGGAUGGUUUUACUGGAGAUGAAGAAGGUGGCGUUCUUGUUCUUGGAGCCACUAAUAUUCCAUGGCAGCUUGAUGCAGCCAUGCGCCGUCGUUUUGAGCGCAAAGUGUAUAUCCCAUUACCAGACAUUGAAGCCCGUACCCGCAUGUUCCAGCUGAAUGUGGGUGAUACACCUUGCACUCUGACGCCGACAGACUACCGGUUGUUGGCAGAGAUGACGGACGGGUACUCAGGCCAUGAUGUGGCAGUAUCGGUACGUGAUGCACUUAUGCAACCUGUGCGGAAGAUUCAAUCUGCGACUCACUUUAAGCCCGUGCAAGUCAAGAAUUCGGAAACAGGUGAAGUUGAGACCAAGUAUACGCCAUGUUCGCCGGGCGAUCAGGGGAGCCGCGAGAUGAGCUGGAUGGAUAUUGACGGCCAUCAGCUAAAUGAACCACCGCUGACAAUCAAGGACUUUUUGAAAGCUAUCAAGGCUGUCAAACCGACUGUUAGCAAGGAUGAGAUUAAGAAGCAGGAGGAGUUUACUGAGCUUUUUGGACAAGAGGGCAAUUGA